AAAGCGACGGCCCUUUCUCCGACUACAGAUUCUUGACCGGAUACACAUCAACCAACCCUCCUUAUCUGCCUUGCGCUCUCCUUAAAUCUCACGCUAUUACAUUUCAAUCAAGUCAUGCCCGAAGCUAAAAUUGCACCCUCCAUUCUUGCUGGCGAUUUUGGUAAUUUGUCUUCAGAAUGCAAACGCAUGAUGACCUGUGGUGCCGACUGGCUUCACAUUGAUAUCAUGGAUGGCCACUUUGUUCCAAAUCUUACGAUUGGCGCUCCUGUCGUUACCUGUAUCCGUGGGGCCCUCCCCAAGGGAGAGAGCUUUUUCGACUGCCAUAUGAUGGUUUCCAAUCCCGAGCAAUGGGUUGAUGAUUUCGCUAAAGCUGGCGGCGACCAGUAUUGCUUCCAUAUCGAGGCUACCUCUAACCCGAGUGCUUUGAUUGAUCAGAUUCACGCAGCUGGUAUGCGUGCGGGAUGUGCGAUCAAGCCCAAAACACCGGCAUCUGCAGUAUUCGAUCUAGUUCCAAAGCUGGAUAUGGUACUUGUAAUGACCGUAGAGCCCGGGUUCGGAGGACAGAAGUUUAUGCAUGAGUGUAUGCCUAAGGUUGAGGAACUUCGAUCCAAGUUUCCUGAUUUGGAUAUCGAAGUCGACGGAGGAUUGAGCGCUUCGACUAUUGACUUUGCAGCCGAUGCCGGAGCAAAUGUUAUUGUUGCUGGAACUGGUGUCUUCAAGGCCAAGGAUCCUAAGGAGGCUAUUGCAUUGUUACGCGACACAGUUAACAAGGUGCAACUCAAGAAGUGAAGUACUUAAGCUCUCAUGUAACAAGCACGAAUGUAAACACGACGAUGAUGUAGAAAGGAAAUUUAUCUAAUGUACGCUGCCUACCGGGAAGGAUAGCGAAAGUUUCAAAAUGUGACUUUCUGGGUAGGCUUUGUGGUGGUUCUGUGUAAAUAUUGCGUUUAAGAAUAUAUCAGUGACAUCUGCUCCCCU